AUGUCAUCUUGUUGUGUACAUCCAUUGGAUUUAUUAAAGGUUCACCUUCAAACACAGCAAGGGAAAAAAGUAAAAAUGGUUACUUUAUUUCUCAAUGUUGUUAGACAUGAUGGAUUUCUAGCACUUUACAGUGGAGUUUCGGCUGCUGUUCUCAGACAGUUGACAUAUUCUCUAACAAGAUUUGCUAUUUAUGAUUCUGUAAAAAUACAUAUCCUAAAAGAAGGUCAGUCAAUGCCAUUCUAUCAGAAAGUGCUGCUAGCAGGUCUGUCUGGAGGAAUAGCAGGAAUAGUGAGUGCUCCAGCUGAUUUGGUUAAUGUCAGAAUGCAAAAUGACAUAAAAUUACCUGAACAUCAAAGAAGAAACUACAAACAUGCUCUUGAUGGUUUAUGGCGAGUCUUCCAUGAAGAAGGUAUCUGUUCUAUGUAUGGUGGAAUGUCAAUGGCUUGUUGCAAGACAGCCCUUGUAACUAUUGGUCAGUUAGCCUGUUAUGAUCAGUUCAAAAGUAUGUUGUUAUCAAACAGCUACUUUACUGAUGACAUUCUCACACACUUUACAGCAGGUAUCAUGGCAGGUGUUUCUGCCACAGCUCUCACAAUGCCUGUUGAUAAUAUGAAAACUAGAAUGAUGAAUGCUGUUCCAGGAACAUACAAAAGCCUUUUUGCAGUUUCCAAGGAUAUAGCUAAAAAUGGACCAUCUUCAUUUUAUAAGGGAUUUAUGGCUCGUCUAAGUUAUCUUGGUCCUCACACAAUACUGACAUUUAUUUAUUAUGAACAACUGCGAAUCCAUUUUGGGUAUCAAACAAUGGUCAACUGA